AGCCGCCGCUCCACGACGGCACAACUUUCCCCCUCCGUCGGUGUGUUCGGCUGCCGGGCCCUGCCGGACCCUUCCAGACCCUUCCAGACCGCGCUGGAUCCUGCCAGACCCCGCAGGACCCCACCUGCUGCAGGGGACACCUCCCCUGACCGCGGCACGGGCACCGGCCGGUGCCUCGGGGCAGCCGCUUCCCGCGGCCUCUGAAGCCCCGCAGGGCUCGGCCGGUGCCUCGGCGCACCCUGCCGAGCCCCUGGCGCCGGUGAUGCCACCCCAGGUCCCUGUUCGCACCCCCUGAGGGCUGGCGGUGCCGCCGGCCGGGCAGCGCCAUGGGUGCCGGGGUGGCACUGGCCAUCGCUGGCCCCGGUGUGAGGGCGACGCGGGACGUGGCACAGCCCGGAGCCGCCUCCGUGCCCGGGGAGCGGCCGGUCCCACCGCUCAGCCCGGCCGUGUGACGGGCUCCCCGACACCAUGGCCCCGGGAGGGCCAGCGUGAGCCUCCGGCCACCGCCCGUACCGGCGAGGAAGAUGCCAACACCUCUCCGGCACUGCCUGCCCUGCGGUCGCCCUCGCCCGGGCGCGGUGGCCACCGGACCUGAGCGAUGGAUUCCUUCUGCUUCGUCUGCUUCCAGAAAGAGGAGCUGCAGCCCCUGCACCUGCACAGCGCAACCAUGAGCGCGGGCUCAAUUGAGCAGGAGCCGUCGCGCAAGCUGGGCUGCUGCGGGGUGCCCCUCAUCACCGAGGACAUGCAGUCCCUGGCCAUCCGCACCCUCUCGGGCACCGACAUCACCAAGCACUAUGACCUCAUCCGUGAGCUCGGCAAGGGCACCUACGGCAAGGUGGACCUGGUGUCCCACAAAAGCACAGGCACCAAGAUGGCCCUGAAGUUCGUCAACAAGAGCAAGACGAAGCUGAAGAACUUCCUGCGGGAAUUCAGCAUCACCAACACGCUCUCCUCCAGCCCCUUCAUCAUCAAGGUCUUCGACGUGGUCUUCGAGACCGAGGACUGCUACGUCUUUGCUCAGGAGUACGCCCCCGGUGGGGACCUCUUCGACAUCAUCCCGCCUCAGGUGGGGCUCCCUGAGGAGCUGGUGAAGCGCUGCGUGCAGCAGCUGGGCCUGGCCCUCGACUACAUGCACAGCAAGAGCCUGGUGCACCGGGACAUCAAACCGGAGAACGUGCUGCUCUUCGACCGCGACUGCCGCCGCGUCAAACUGGCCGACUUCGGCAUGACCCGCAAGGUGGGCUGCCGGGUCAAGCGCAUCAGCGGCACCAUCCCCUACACGGCGCCCGAGGUGUGCCAGGCCGGCCGGGCCGAGGGCUUCGCCGUGGACACCAGCAUCGACGUCUGGGCUUUCGGGGUGCUCAUCUUCUGCGUGCUCACCGGGAACUUCCCCUGGGAGGCGGCGGUGGCGUCCGACGCCUUCUUCGAGGAGUUUGUGCGGUGGCAGAAGGGGCGGCUGGCGGGGCUGCCCUCGCAGUGGCGGCGUUUCACGGACAGCGCCCUGCGCAUGUUCCAGCGCCUGCUGGCCCUCGACCCUGAGAAGCGCUGCCCCGUCAAGGAGGUUUUCUACUUCAUCAAGUGCGACCUCAUGGCCGAGGUGCGGUGCCGGCCCUCCUACCGCUCCCGCAAGCACGCCAGGGACAAGCUCCCAGCCGGGCCCCACUGCCACGAGGCCACCGGCUCCUGCACCCCCGCCCCGCUCAAGAGGACCGUCCUGACGGAGGGGAGCGGAGCGCGCGGCCCCGAGCCCGGCGCGGCCGCCCCGGGCACGGCGAGCAGGACAGACGGACGGCAGGACAAGGGCAAGGGGCAGAUGGUCCUGGCCACAGCAAUAGAGAUCUGCGUGUGACGGCGGCGCGACCCGCCCCAUCCCCCCGCCCCGGGGACAGGGAUGGGGGCUGUCCAUCGUGGCGGUGGUGGCACGAGCCGGGACCGGGCUCUGGGUUUCCCAAAGGAAAAAAAAAGGAAAAGAAACACGAUGGAAAAGGAAAAGGACAGAACUGGUUGCGCUCCGUAGCGCCGAGGAUGCCGAUCCCCCCGCCCUGCCUGGGCGAGAGCAGUGGCCAGAGCCCAGCCGAGGGCACCGCUCACUGCUGCGGAGGCUGGGGGCACCCACAGCCCUGCCGCGGCUGUGGUGCCCCCUCCAAGGCUCCCCCAGGGGGGCACGGGGAGGGGUCUCCCAGUGCGGGGAGGAAGAGUGGGGGGCAGUGGGUAGCGGGUGGCCCACCGGCUCUGCCCCACCCCGUGCUCGACCCUGUCCGGGGAGCGGGAAGGCCGAUGACCCUGCACCGUGGAGGAGGCCUUUGGGGAGGUUUGGGUGGGUGAUGAUUUGCCCUCUUCCACUGGUCCCUGCCGCACUGCUGGGGACUGGGAGGGGAUGGGGAGGUGGGUGACGGGGAGCCGGGGGGUUGCCAGCAGCCCCGGACCCCCGGCAGCCCCGGCUGCCUCCCUGCCGUGGGAGGUGCUGGCAGCCAUUGAUGUA